AUGUCCAGCCCGUCCGCGCCGUCCGCGCCGUCCGCGCCAUCCUACCAGGACGACGGGACCGUCGCGGUCAGGAGGGUCAUCGAUAGCGAUAACUCGUGCCUCUUCAACGCGGUGGGGUACGUGACGUCGCGGUCGCUGAAAGAGGCGCCGCGGCUGCGAAGGGUCAUCGCCGACGCCGUCGCCGGGGAUACGUUCACGUACACCGAGGGCUUCCUUGGAAAGCCAAACGCGGAGUACUGCGCGUGGAUCAUGGACUCGCAGCACUGGGGCGGCGCGGUGGAGCUGAGCAUACUCGCCAAGCACCAUCGCAAGGAGAUCGCCGCGUACGACAUCCAGACGCAGAGGUGCGACGUUUACGGCACUGGCGAGGGAUACUCCGAGCGCGUGAUGCUCCUAUACGACGGCCUCCACUACGACGCCAUGGCGCUCACCUACGAGGGUGCACCUCCGGACAUGGACAUCACCAUCGUCCCGUCCACCGGGCCUGAGGCUGACGCGGCGGAUGCAAAGGCGCGGAGAGUCGUCGCCGAGGCGCACGCGGCGAGGCAAUUCACCGACACCGCGAACUUUACCUUGCGGUGCCUGGUGUGCCAGAAGGGUCUGGUGGGCGAGAAGGAGGCCGUGGAGCACGCCAAAUCGACGGGGCACCAAAACUUUGGUGAGUAUUGA